UAAUGAUUCCUCCAUCUCCCAUUUCUUUCUUUCUCUCUCAACAACCAACCUCCUUUUUCUCUCUCCUCAAAUCCACCUCUUUCUCUCUCCUCUUCUGCUGCUGCUACUAUAUAGCUCUGAAUCUCUGAUAUAUUAUCACCUGUUCAUCAGCUUCUGCAGUGAGCUUUAACCCUCUUUCUUUUUUUUUCCCUGUAAAAUUUAGCUACUGUUUGUCCCAGAUCCCAAUAAAAAAAAACUGUCUUAUUUUCUCUCUCCUCUCUCCAGACUUUCUCUCUCUAGGUCUUAUACAGAAAAUACAGUUCAGUGUUCACUAUCUGAUUUCCUACUGAUUUAGUAGUAACUUUAAAGCAUACCCUCUUUCUCUCUCUUACCUUCCUACCCUAUAAUUGUGGUCCUCUUCCUACACUAUCACCUCCCCUUUUCCCCUCUCUCUCAACUUAAUUUCUUUCUCUUCAGUUUUCAUUUUGUGGGAAAAAUGCAGGAGCAGGGGUUGGGAAUGAUGGGAGGAGGAAGUGGUGGUGGUGGUGGGUAUGGUGGUGGUUUGAUGGGCGGAGAUAUGGCGUUUUCUGAUCAGUAUAGACAAUUAAAGUCAGAGAUCGCGACACAUCCGCUGUAUGAACAGCUGUUAUCAGCUCAUGUAUCGUGUUUAAGGGUUGCGACACCAAUUGAUCAGUUGCCUUUGAUUGAAGCUCAGCUUUCUCAGUCUCAUAAUCUGCUUCGUUCAUAUGCUUCAAAUUCUCAACAUAAUCACUCUCUUUCUCCUCAUGAACGACAAGACCUUGACAAUUUUUUGGCGCAAUAUUUGUUGGUGUUGUGUUCAUUCAAAGAGCAGCUACAGAAUCAUGUUAGAGUCCAUGCUGUUGAAGCUGUCAUGGCAUGCCGUGAAAUCGAACAGAAUUUGCAGAAUCUCACCGGUGCAACUCUUGGAGAAGGAACAGGUGCAACAAUGUCAGAUGAUGAAGAUGAUUUACAGUUAGAAUACUCUAUGGAUCAAUCUUCAGGUGGAGAUGCACAUGACAUGAUGGGUUUCGGGCCUUUACUUCCUACUGAAUCUGAGAGGUCUCUUAUGGAAAGAGUUCGCCAUGAACUCAAGAUCGAAUUGAAGCAGGGAUUCAAGUCCAGAAUUGAAGAUGUGAGAGAGGAAAUUCUUCGCAAAAGGCGAGCUGGGAAACUACCUGGGGAUACUACUUCUGUUCUUAAGGCAUGGUGGCAACAACAUUCCAAGUGGCCUUAUCCUACUGAAGAUGACAAGGCGAAACUGGUAGAGGAGACAGGGUUGCAACUGAAGCAGAUAAACAACUGGUUCAUCAACCAAAGGAAGCGCAACUGGCAUAACAACUCUCAGUCUGCAAAUACUCUCAAAUCCAAGCGUAAGAGGUAAUUCUAAAGGCGUGCCAUGAUCUGAUUAAUUGCUGCAGAAUUAUCAAACAAACCCAGCAAAAAUUAAUCAUAUGCAAAUAUACGUGUUUUGUAUGUAUCGCGUUUCUUCAGUUUGUAUGUAACUUCGGCGUGCAGCUAGGUUGCUAUCAAUCUAACCAAAACUACUGCUACUUUUGUGAUAUAUAAGUAUAUACUCAUAAUUCAAUCUUGGAAUUACUAUUAGGAUGUGCAGGAUAUAUGAAAAUGCAACUUCGUUCAACAAUUUGCUGUAAACAAACAAUGAUUAUCAUAUGCAUAGAGGAAUUUAGGUCUUUUGGAUA